UUACAAAAGUAACGCUAAAAGUGGUGGUGAUCUUCUCGACGCUACUAGUACUCUACAGUUGCGCAGCUCCUCCGAUCGCAAGUUAUCAGAAACCCUAAAUCAAGCAAUUGCAAAAGCGAAGCUUUGAACUCCUCUUGAUUGCGGUUUUGUCGAUCUAAAAAAACUUCGAGAAAUCAUGGCGGACGUGAUGUCAAUGGACGACAUAAGAGCUGAAGCUGCUCGUUUAAACAUCGAUUUGUCGGCAGUUGAUUGGAACUCGGUUCGGCUCCCUCCCGGUGAAGACUUUGGUAUCAAAAGCGAUGAUGAUGAUCUUAACGAGGAAGAUUCAUUGGAAUUUGAUGCUGGAUUCGGGAAUAUUAUUGUUGUUGAUAACUUGCCAGUUGUGCCUCGUGAGAAAUUUGAAAAGCUUGAAGGUGUAGUUCGUAAAAUCUACAGUCAAAUUGGUGUAAUCAAGGAGAACGGGCUUUGGAUGCCUGUAGAAGAAGACACUGGAAAAACUCGAGGUUAUUGCUUCAUUGAGUACAACACUCCUCAAGAAGCUGAACUUGCUAAAGAGAAGACCAAUGGAUACAAACUAGACAGAGCACAUAUUUUUGCUGUCAAUAUGUUUGAUGAAAUUGAGAAGUUCAUGAAAGUUCCAGACGAGUGGGCCCCUCCUGAAAUCAAGCCAUACACACCAGGGGAGAAUCUGCAACAUUGGCUUACUGAUGAGAAAGGUAGAGAUCAGUUUGUUAUUCGUGCUGGAUCUGACACAGAGGUGUUGUGGAAUGAUGCAAGACAAGUGAAAGCUGAUCCUGUUUACAAACGCCCUUUUUGGACAGAAAGUUUUGUGCAGUGGUCUCCAUUGGGCACCUACUUGGCCACAGUCCACAGGCAGGGUGCUGCUGUGUGGGGUGGUGCCACCACAUUUAACCGCCUAAUGCGUUAUGCUCAUCCACAGGUUAAACUCAUUGAUUUCUCACCUGGUGAGAAAUAUUUGGUCACAUAUAGCAGCCAUGAGCCAAGCAACCCCCGUGAUACACAUAGGGUAGUGCUGAACAUAUUUGAUGUGAGAACUGGAAAAGUAAUGAGGGAUUUUAAAGGAAGUGCUGAUGAGUUUGCAAUUGGUGGAACUGGAGGUUUUACUGGAGUCUCAUGGCCUGUUUUCAGAUGGGGAGGAGGCAAAGAGGACAAGUACUUUGCUAGAAUGGGCAAAAAUGUCAUUUCAGUUUAUGAAACAGAGACAUUCAGUCUUAUUGACAAGAAAUCCAUCAAAGUUGAAAAUGUUAUGGACUUCAGUUGGUCUCCCACUGAUCCUAUUUUUGCACUCUUUGUUCCUGAACUUGGUGGAGGAAAUCAACCUGCAAGAGUGUCACUUUUCCAAAUCCCAAGCAAACAAGAACUCCGCCAAAAAAACCUCUUCUCCGUAAACGACUGCAAAAUGUACUGGCAAUCCACCGGCGAAUACCUUGCAGUCAAAGUUGACCGCUACACCAAAACCAAAAAAUCCACCUACACAGGAUUCGAGCUCUUCAGAAUCAAAGAACGCGAUAUUCCAAUUGAAGUAUUUGAACUUGAUAAUAAAAAUGAUAAAGUAAUUUCCUUUGCAUGGGAGCCGAAAGGUCACAGAUUUGGUGUCAUACAUGGGGAUAAUCCAAGGCCUGAUGUUAGUUUUUAUUCGGUGAAAGGUGGGAAGGUGGUGAAGCUUGUGACACUUAAGCAGAAACAGGCGAAUGGGAUGUUUUGGUCGCCAGGUGGCAGGUUUGUAAUUUUGGCAGGGUUGAAAGGGUUUAAUGGGCAGUUGGAGUUUUAUAAUGUUGAUGAGAUGGAAACUAUGGCAACUGCUGAACAUUUUAUGGCUACUGAUAUUGAAUGGGAUCCUACUGGAAGGUAUGUUGCAACUUCAGUGACUUCAGUUCAUGAGAUGGAAAAUGGGUUCAACAUAUGGUCAUUCAAUGGGAAGCUACUUUACCGAAUUUUAAAGGAUCAUUUCUUCCAGUUUUUGUGGAGACCAAGGCCACCAUCUUUCUUAAGCCCUGAAAAAGAGGAAGAAAUAUUGAAAAACCUAAAAAAAUACAGCAAAAAAUACGAUGUACAAGAUCAAGACAUCUCAGUGUUAUUAAGUGAACAAGAUCGUGAAAAGAGAAAACAAUUGAAGGAAGAAUGGGAAAGAUGGGUGAAUGAAUGGAAGAAACACCAUGAAGAAGAGAAAAUGGAAAGAGAAAUGUUGAGAGAUGGAGAAGCAAGUGAUGUGGAAGAGGAAUAUGAAGCUAAAGAAGUUGAAGUCGAAGAAUUAUUAGAUGUUUCUGAAGAAAUCCAAGAUGUUUGAGUGAGUACGAAAAUUGGAUUUUUUCCAAGAGAUAAAACGUUGAGAGGAUACUCAAGUCUUAAAGAGCCAAUUACACAGGUAACCAUUACAUUAUUGCAAUCGUAUGAUUGCAAAAUGACAAACUAUUUACACUAUUGACCCUUACACUAUUAUAGGUCUUACACACUUUAUGUCACAUUACAUUAUUACUAACUGACAUACACUUUAUGUCACACUUUAUACGUAUUAUCCUACCGACACUAUUUUAUAACGACAAAUAAUCAUAAUUCGGCUGACUGUUAUUGGAUGAAAUUUCCUGAAUGUCUUUUUUGAAUUUUUUUGUGGUUGAGCUGCAUUCUUCCUUUGGUGCAUAGUAUAAUGAUAAUAUUUGUAAUUUUUGUUGUAGCUGAUUUUUUUCAUGUUUUACUGCUUCUAGUUGUUUGAGUAGAGAGGUUUCUUGUUCCUGCUUUUGUUUGAGUUGAUGUUGUACUUGCUUCAUGAUGGCUUCCAUUCUCUCGUAAGCGUGUCUGCUAUGUGAUUAUUUUCGCUUUUUAUGUACCUGAGAUAGGGAUGAAAUUGAUGUAAUUGCAAUUGCCACCGAAUCAAUCGGCCACGUCAAUAAUCUUCUUGUAAUUUAUAGCGACAAAAGCCUAGCUAGUAGAUACUUUGAGUCUGUGUGUAACUCAAAUCUUGUUUGUAGAAGCUCGACCUUCUCAAAUGCGAUAAUAAAAUGAUGAUGAAUAAGAGUUUUAUACCUGAAUGGUGCGUCAGAAUAUUUUUUGAUCGUUGGAUGAUAUGGAUACUGAUGAUAAACUCUGCUAUUCAGAAAUUUUAAAAAAAUUCAACAAAGAUAAAACGUUGAGAGGAUACUCAAGUCUUAUACACAAAUCACUCUAAUUUGUUCAUUACGGGCAAAGCCCUAUAUAUAGGCUCUUAAAGAGCCAAUUACACACGUAACCUUUACAUUAUUGCAAUCGUACGAUUGCAAGAUGACAAACUAUUUACACUAUUGACCCUUACACUAUUAUAAGUCUUACAAACUUUAUGUUACAUUACAUUAGUAUUAAUCGACAAACACUUUAUAAUUAUUAUCCUUUCAAAAGUAUUUUAUAACGAUAAACAAUCAUAAUUACCAAAACUUCAACGAUACGAAAAUAUUAAAUUGAUGAAUUAGUUUUUCUAAAAGGAUUCAAAUGCGAUGUUGAUAGUGGUGAUUACAAUUAAUAUUAAAUUUUUUGACGAUGGUGAUGAUACACAAAUAAUAACGAUGAAUUUUCAUCGUAAAAAUUUUCAAACUAAAUGACACGAUAAUAAAAUGAUGAUGGAUAAGAUUUUUAUACAUGAAUGGUGCAUUAGAUGAUAUGGAUACUGAGUAUAAACUCUGCUAUUCAAAAAUUUUAAAAAAUUUCAACAGAGAUAAAAUGUUGAGAGGAUACUCAAGUCUUAAAC